CUCUAUUCCAUAUCAUCAUCAUUUAAACACAACACUGCUCUCUCCUUACUACAUCUCUUCUUUCAUCCACCACCGUAUAACUUAAGAGUUGAUAUAGAGAACAUGAGCAGAACGGAGACAGUGGGUUUGACCAGAAGAGGAAUGUUGCAGUCAAGUAGUUGCAAUCGCCUUGUGAACUGUUCUGAGUCCUUCAAGAGGGACAGUGUGAUUAGCAACGGUGGUUCAGCUAAAGUGAGAGGAAGCUUGGAGCGCAAGAAAUCAAAGAAUUUUAAGGAAGGAGAAAGCUAUCCUUCUUGUCUCAUAACGGAGGCUCCUGGGAGUAUAGCCGCCGUGAGGAGGGAGGAAGUGGCUGCACAACAAGCCCUAAGGAAACUGAAGAUCGCUCAUUACGGCAGAUCCAAGUCAACCCUAUCUAAUUUCAACUCCUCCAAAGUUGUCCCUCUUAUUAACCCUCAACCUCAUUCCCAGAGAUGCAGCUUCCUCACCCCUACUUCUGAUCCUGUUUACGUUGCCUACCAUGAUGAAGAAUGGGGAGUCCCUGUCCAUGAUGACAAGACCUUGUUCGAACUGCUAACCCUUAGUGGCGCACAAGUAGGUUCUGAUUGGACGUCAACUUUGAGAAAACGUCAUCACUUCAGGAAGGCGUUUAUGGAGUUUGAGGCGGAAGCGGUUGCCAAAUUUAGCGAGAAAGAGAUAAAUGCAAUAAGCAUUGAAUACAAGGUAGAUAUAAGCAAAGUGAGAGGUGUUGUGGAGAAUGCAACAAAGAUCCUCGAGGUCAAGAAAACCUUCGGGUCACUAGAGAGAUACCUUUGGGGUUUUGUGAACCAUAAGCCCAUCUCCACGAAUUACAAGCUAGGCCACAAGAUUCCUGUCAAGACAUCGAAGUCGGAGAGCAUAAGUAAAGACAUGGUUCGUCGAGGCUUCCGGUUCGUGGGUCCCACUGUGGUUCACUCCUUCAUGCAAGCCGCUGGUUUAACCAAUGACCACUUGCUCACUUGUUACCGUCACACUCCUUGCACUCUCCUCAUUACUAAUCCUUAAUUUUUGUCUUUAUUUUCUAUUUGACUUAAUUGAAAGUGUUUUUUUUUUUUUUAACUUUCUGGUGAUUUGUGCACAACAAAUGUAGGUGUAGGAGAAAAUGGAUUGAGUGUUUUU